AUUAAAUUUCAUUAUAAAUAGCCAUUUUCAAUAACUGAACAAAGAACUCGCUUCUUAUUUUACUAAAUAGUUCAUAUAAUAAUUUUAUUGUUACAAAUAAAAAUGGUAUAUAUAAAUAGAAUUCAUCCAAAUGUUUCCAUGUUGUAUUAUUAAAGUAAAAAGAAGAGAAGAAUAGGUUUAUUACAAGAUAAAUGGAAGAGGAUUUAUUCUACCAACAUGAAAAUAAAUUUACGCCAAAGGAAUUGAAAGAUUGCCCAGAAUGUAAUAAACCUAGGAUUUCUUUUGGAUGGUGUAAAGAAUGUGAAGCUAAUUCUAUGAAAGAAAAUUUUCUUUAUUGGACAUCAGAAAAUAAAGAGAUUGAUGAAUUAAUUCAAUACACCCAACUAAACGCUACUCAAGCUUGUGAUUACUUGGAAUGGAUCCCCUUUGAGAAAUUCGAACUGGUUAAAUAUGUUGGUAAGGGUGGAUUCAGUAGCGUUUAUUCAGCUCUUUGGAUGGAAGGACCUAGAUGGAUUUGGGAUGAUGGCGCGCAAGAAUGGACUCGAGCUGGGCCAAUGAAUGUUGCUUUAAAACGUCUCGAUAAUUCACAAAACAUUUCAAGUUCUUACAUUAAUCAGAUUAAAUCAUACCAUAAAUGUUUGCAGUCUGCUUCAUUGGCUGGAACGUUUGGUAUUACAAAAGAUCCAACGUCCAAUUAUAUGAUUGUGAUGAAAUAUUACGAGAACGGAAACCUUUAUCAAUAUCUUGAUCAUUGCAACGGAAUUCUUUCUUGGCGAGAUAUAAUCGAUAUAUUAUGGGGAAUCGCUGGAGGACUUGAAAGAAUCCAUUCCGAGGGAAAAAUUCACGGAAAUCUUCACGGAGGAAACUUACUUGUCGAAGACGAAAAAGUAUCUACGGAUGCUCGUAUUGCUGACGUUGGUCUUCAUGGACCAUGUAAUAAUGACAUAAAUAAUGGUUCAAUUCAAAGAUACGGGGUCUUACCAUAUGUUGCGCCAGAAGUUUUACGUGGCGAUAAUUAUAAUAUUGCUUCUGAUAUAUAUUCAUUUGGUAUAGUUAUGAAUACUCUUGCAACUGGAAAAAGACCCUGGUAUAAUAGAGUACAUGAUAUUAAUUUGGCAAAAGAUAUUUGUGAUGGUAAAAGACUUGAAAUUCCUGAUGAUACGCCUAAUUUUUAUUCAGAAUUGAUGCAACAAUGUUGGGAUAAUGAUCCGGAAAACCGUCCAACUGCAUCCUACUUAAAUGAAAAAUUAGGAGAAUGGAUUAUUUUAAUAUGCGAUGACCCAAAUCCUUCAAAGAUUUCGGACGAGAACUCCGUUGCUGAAGAAAAAAGAUGGAGGAAAAUUUCUCAAUUGACUAAAAAAAUUUCUCAUCCAGAAAUACAUCCAGAAGCUUAUUUUACAAGCAUGCCCUUACAUUUCCCGAACGAUACGAAAUUUUUUUACAGUUAAUUUAAUUUUUUUUUAUUCAGCUUAUCUUCAUUAGGCCGCUCCAAUAUAAUUGUUGGUUUAAUGAUGAAAAGUUUGAGUGGGGAGGGGAAUUACAAUAAACAAAGUAAGUGAAAUGGUUAUAAUAAAUUUUUGGAAAUUUGGUAAUUUAAGUUUGGGGGUAUUUGAACAUGCAUAAAUUAUUAUAUGUUUUAUUAAAAUUUAGAUUUUUCACAAAAUUGAGUGGGGUGGGUACAUUAAACAAACAAUUAAUUUGGAACGGCCUUAUUAUUAAAUUAUAAUAUUAUCCGAAAAUACAUAAUUAUGGGUCGGAAUUACGAUAAUGUCAAUAAAAUUCCAGCCGGUACUAACUAAAAAUUUAACUUUUGCUUUUUAUGUACUUUAUUAUUAUAUAUGAUGCCGAAUAUAAACACAGUAUAUGAAUUUUAAGUUUCCAAUAAUAAAAUUAUAAAUUAUCUGAUAAAUAAUAAAUAAGCCUCCAA